AUGGUGCUACAAUCGUCUAUGCAGUCGAUCAAGCUGAACACCCUCUCGAUGACACAACAACCUCGACCCUUCUUCGACUUUAGCCUUUGUUUCAACACCCCUGAUUCCCUUCGUAAUAUUAUCAGGCCAUUUCUUUCUCAUUUGCUUUUAAUUAAUAUUUUUUGUUUCGAAAAAGGUGGCCUCCAAGUGCCAAUGUUUGGAGACCCUAAAAACUCCUGCAUUACGUCGUCUCAGCCGUCAUUCUUCAGUUCUGAUUCCGUUCGCGAAGCUGUAGACCUCACUGUCUCUUCAAGUGCUCCUUCACAGUCCACUUCAACUCAACCAACAUUUUCAAUGCCUCCUAAUGCAUCCAUAAUGGCCUUCAACGGUGUAAAUCCCAUUCUUCCACCCUUUCUACCGGAACACCUAGCAGACCUCUUUAAUCAUUCAUUUCCCAAUGUCUCUGGGCCACGAACACUUGAUGAAAGCAUUUCUGGAAUGCAACGGGCAUUAAUGAUGUCCAUUGAGUCUGGUAGUCAAUUUCCGCUAGACAGUGACUUGUGGCAAUCUCUAAACGGUCCAAUAGCCAACAGGGAAGCGGGACACCAAGGUUCCCCAACAAAGCGAUCAUUCCGUCCGCCUAAGCGCCAACGCAGAGGUGACACGCCGACGUCAUUCCAACCUCUUUCCUCUCCUGAAAUAAUUCCCUUUCCAUUCCUUUUUCCCCCACUUCCGCCUCCAGCACCAACCCAACCGUCUGAUCUGACGAUAAACAAUAACUCAGGACCUUUGGAUUUGGUCCAACAGCUUUUAAACGCCGACCAAAAUUCCAAAAUGUUUUCAUCAGGAAGUUCAUCCAAAAUGGAGGAUGUUUUUAUAUGUGGUCUUUGCUCAAAACAGUUCACCACUCAGCAUGGAUUGAUUGUCCACAUGCGAAGAUCUCAUAAAGAUCGAGAUUCAGUGGAUUAUGGCACGGCAUGCCUUUCAGAAACGAGAAUGAAUGAGUCUUGUGGAAUAAACGACAAUUCGCGGUCAUUCCAAUGCAGUCAUUGUGGAAAGGCUUUCAAACGCUCCUCUACUCUCAGUACCCAUCUCCUCAUUCAUAGCGGUACUCGACCUUAUCCCUGCCAGUACUGCGGAAAACGGUUUCACCAAAAGUCUGACAUGAAGAAGCAUACGUACAUUCAUACUGGCGAGAAGCCAUACAAGUGCAAUCUGUGUGGAAAGGAAUUUAGCCAGUCCUCAAAUCUCAUCACGCAUUCAAGAAAGCACACCGGCUUCAAGCCAUUCACGUGCAACUUCUGUUCGCGAGCAUUUCAGCGAAAAGUGGACCUUCGAAGGCAUCUUGAUACCCAACACGCCAGCAGUGAGAGUUGCGUUGUUGCCCCACGCGGCUCGUCUUUAACUCUCAAGGACAUGUCUUCCAUGCGCUCGAGCAUCGAAUCCGCGUCGCCAACCGACUUCAAUUCCGCCGCUCAUCGAGUUGUUGCCGAGGAGCUCGCCAAGACAACUUCCCCACAAGACGUUUCAUCCAGUUCCACUAACUUCACAUACUCCAUCGAUAACAUUCUCUCCUGCUGA